AUGGUCACCAAAGUACGUACAUACGGAACAUCUGGAGGCUCAUUAAAAUGUAGAGAGCCAAACUCUGAAGAUUUAACAGCAAAGGUUGUUGGCGAUUUUGGGAAAUGGCAAUUGAACAUUAGUUUAUUAAUGGCUUUGUUAAAAUUACCACUGGCCUGGUACCAGUUAAAUAUUAUUUUUAUGGCGCCUCCUCAAGAUUUUUGGUGCGCCAAGCCAGAUUCUUUCUCAAAUUAUUCUGAAGAAGAAUGGAGAAGUCUUUGCUCGCCCGACGUGGAAGAGCAUCCGUGCUUGAUCUAUGAUCCGGACAUACUUGUUACCGCACCGAAUAUGGAUCGGUCAUUAAUACCUCUCGUGGCGUGUACAAAAUUUAUUUACGACCAGUCCCUUUUUAGACGGACAAUUAUUUCCGAUUGGAAUUUAGUGUGCACUAAGCAUUGGUUAAUUCAUCUAACGCAAUGUGUCAUGAUGUGGGGUGUCGUCGUUGGAGGUAUAUUAUUCGGAAUUGUUGCAGACAAAUACGGUCGGAAAAUACCACUCGUAGUCGGCCUAGUUGUUCAGACAAUAGCUAGUUACAUUGUCAGUGUAAUUCCGUGGUACUGGUCAUUUUUGACGGUGUGGUUCGUCUUGGCAUUGGCCUCGGGUGGGAUCGGUAUAAUAUCUUUUGUCGUUUGCAUGGAGGUGGUAAGUGGUAAAUAUCGGACAACCAUACCAAUUUUAUACCAGUUGCCUUUCGGUCUUGGAAGUGCUGUUAUGGCAAGUUUAGCCUACUGGCUAAGGGAUUGGAGAAAGCUCGAGUUCGCUUUGGCUACUUUUUCUUCUUUAUUUUUACUUUAUUGGUUUUGGAUACCAGAAUCACCAAGAUGGUUACUAGCGACUGGACAAACAGAAAAAGCGAUAGAGAUUUUGAGAGAGGCAGCUAAAAAAAAUGGCAGAAACUAUGAUCCGAUAUAUUUGAAAUUACUCGUCGGAAAGUUAAAACCGCAAAUAAGCAAAGGCCCUGGAUUUUUAGCUUUUUUCAAAUCAAAAAAUAUGAGAGCAAAGACGUUAUUACUUUCCGUCAGCUGGUUUUGCACAGGUUUAAGUUUUUAUACCUUCGCACAGUACAUAGGCUUAAUUGGGGGAAACAUAUUUUUGGCAGUUGCUUUGAGCGGCAUAAUUUCAGCUAUAGGUGCAAUGUCAUCCGCAUUCGUCAUAACGAAAACCGGAAGGAAAACUACUGUUGGAAUCUAUCAGCUGCUAACAGCCAUAUGUUUUGUUAUGUUACUUGUGGUACCUAAAGAUCUAUAUGUAAAUAAUUGGCCAAGACUAUUGUUCGCUGGAAUAGGUUUUGCAGGGAUGGCGGGUUCAAUACCGGCGCUAUAUCUAUUUUCCGGUGAACUUUUUCCAACAAUAGGCCGUAAUGUGGGAGUAAGCGGAGUGACUACCUUCGCUCGUAUCGCCUCGAUGAUUGCACCAGCUGUUGUGAGCCUAGAAUCCUUCGCCGCUAAUUUGCCCGUUAUAUUAUUGACAAUUGUUUCUUUUAUACAAAUGAUUGUACUUCUGCCACUACCCGAAACAAAAGAUACUCCGCUGCCUAAUACGUUGCGGCAAGCCGAACAAUUUUGAGUCAUACUUUCGUAUUUGAGUACUUCAAUAAAAAUAAUCUUACACUAACAGU